AUGCAGAAUCGAAAAGCCUUUACACUGAUCGAACUACUUGUGGUGAUCGCGAUUAUCGCUAUCCUGAUUGCCCUGUUGCUCCCUGCUGUCCAGCAGGCACGCGAAGCUGCACGCCGCUCGCAGUGCAAGAACAACAUGAAACAAAUUGGAUUGUCUCUGCACAACUACCACGAAGCCCACAGCGUCCUUCCGCCGGGCAGUGUGGUUUACUACAACGGUUCGAAAUACAACGGUCACGGCUGGACCUGGCACGCCAGCAUCCUGCCGUACCUCGACCAGGCUCCCAUGUACGAUCAGAUCCAGGGGCCAUCCUCCAGCGGUCUGGGUGCUGAAUCCGGUGGGGUCAACGAUGCCAAACAGCAACUCUGUGGCCAGGCCCGACUCUCCGUCUUCUGGUGUCCCUCCCAGCCGGAUGUAACCAAAGGAGCUCAGAAGAAUGGCUACGCUCCUUCCAACUAUAACGGCAACAUGGGCACCCUGAUCGGCAGUUCCGGCGAUAACUGCUACAGUGGUAAUGUCGAUACGCCCGAAGAAAUGGCUGCCACCGGUGGUUGCAUGGGUGCAGAUGGCAUCUUCUACAUCAGCAGUUCAGUAGGCUUCCGGGAUAUCAAGGACGGCCUCUCCAACACGAUCAUGGUCAGUGAAGUGAUUGACUCAGGUGGAGACGCUGACAUGUUGGGCGGCGGCGGCAGCGACCGCAAGCACUGUUUCUCCAACGGAGCAGACAGCAAUCCCCCGACUGAAAUGACCGAGUACCUGAUCGCAGCCGAAAAUAACGACCCGAUCAACUCCUACGGGGAAGAAGCAGCCGGCAGCUAUCACACCGGCGGUGCUCACUUUGUACUCUGUGACGGUAGCGUGCGAUUCCUCUCUGAGAACAUCGCGAUGACACUCUACCGGGCUCUCAGCACCCGCGCCAAACGCGAAACCCUGGGGGAAUUUUAA